GAGGGGCGUCAGCGGCACCCAGGGGUCGGCGGAGCAGGCAGGGCAGGCGGGGCCGGCGGGUGCAGUCGGGGGAGCAGGGCCGCGGCCAUGGGGGGCUUGAAGGAUGAGCUGCUCAAGGCCAUCUGGCACGCCUUCACCGCGCUCGACCUGGACCACAGCGGCAAGGUCUCCAAGUCCCAGCUCAAGGUCCUUUCCCAUAAUCUGUGCACGGUGCUGAAGGUUCCGCAUGACCCCGUUGCCCUUGAAGAGCACUUCAGGGAUGAUGAUGAGGGACCUGUCUCCAAUCAGGGCUACAUGCCAUAUUUAAACAAGUUCAUUUUGGAAAAGGUCCAAGACAACUUUGACAAGAUUGAAUUCAAUAGGAUGUGUUGGACGCUGUGUGUCAAAAAAAACCUGACAAAGAGUCCCCUGCUCAUUAUGGAAGAAGAUGCAUUUAAAGUAUGGGUUAUUUUCAACUUUUUAUCUGAGGACAAGUAUCCAUUAAUUAUUGUACCAGAAGAGAUUGAAUACCUGCUUAAGAAACUUACAGAAGCUAUGGGAGGAGGUUGGCAGCAAGAACAAUUUGAACAUUAUAAAAUCAACUUUGAUGACAGUAAAGAUGGCCUUUCUGUGUGGGAACUUAUUGAGCUUAUUGGAAAUGGACAGUUUAGCAAAGGCAUGGAUCGGCAGACAGUAUCUAUGGCAAUUAAUGAAGUCUUUAAUGAGCUUAUAUUAGAUGUGUUGAAACAGGGUUACAUGAUGAAAAAAGGCCAUAGACGGAAAAACUGGACUGAACGCUGGUUUGUACUAAAACCCAACAUAAUUUCUUAUUAUGUGGGUGAGGAUCUGAAAGAUAAGAAAGGAGACAUUCUCUUGGAUGAAAAUUGCUGCGUAGAGUCUUUGCCUGACAAAGAUGGAAAGAAAUGCCUUUUUCUCAUAAAAUGUUUGGAUAAGACCUUUGAAAUCAGUGCUUCAGAUAAGAAGAAGAAACAGGAAUGGAUUCAGGCCAUCCAUUCUACUAUCCACCUGUUGAAGCUGGGAAGCCCCCCACCACACAAAGAAGCCCGCCAGCGUCGGAAAGAACUCCGGAAGAAGCUGCUGGCCGAGCAGGAAGAGCUGGAGCGACAGAUGAAGGAGCUCCAGGCUGCUAAUGAAAACAAACAGCAGGAGUUGGAGACUGUGCGGAAGAAACUGGAAGAAGCAGCAUCUCGUGCAGCAGAAGAGGAAAAGAAGCGCCUUCAGACUCAAGUGGAACUACAAGCCAGGUUCAGCACAGAGCUAGAGCGAGAGAAACUCAUCAGACAGCAGAUGGAAGAACAGGUUGCCCAAAAGUCCUCUGAACUGGAACAGUAUUUGCAGCGAGUACGGGAGCUGGAAGACAUGUACCUGAAGCUGCAGGAGGCUCUCGAGGAUGAGAGACAGGCCCGGCAGGAUGAAGAGACGGUGCGGAAGCUUCAGGCCAGGUUGUUGGAGGAGGAGUCUUCUAAGAGGGCUGAACUAGAAAAGUGGCACUUGGAGCAGCAACAGGCCAUUCAGACCACUGAAGCAGAGAAGCAGGAGCUGGAGAAUCAGCGCAUCAUGAAGGAGCGGGCCCUUCAGGAAGCGAUGGAACAGCUGGAGCAGCUCGAGUUAGAGCGGAAACAAGCACUUGAGCAGUAUGAGGAAGUUAAAAAGAAACUGGAGAUGGCAACUAAUAUGACCAAGAGCUGGAAGGACAAAGUGGCCCAUCAUGAGGGAUUAAUUCGAUUAAUAGAACCAGGUUCAAAGAACCCUCACCUGAUCACUAACUGGGGGCCUGCAGCUUUCACCGAGGCAGAACUUGAAGAGAGAGAGAAGAACUGGAAAGGAAAAAAAAACACGGAAUGACCGAAUGUGGCAGAAGCCGUGUCAGUUAUGUAGAUACUGAGCGUGGCUGGCGAGCUUUAUGCUAAAGACAAAAGAAACUGGCUUUGCUGCUUCUAAAUCUUCUUCCUUCAGGGUCAAUUUUCUAAGGAAGCCUUCUUUAUGCUUUUGCAAGUAAGGGCUUCCCUGAAAAGAGAAAAAAAAGUCAAUAUUGUCAAGCCCUUUAUUUACUCUUUCUUUGAAAACUACAGCUUCUGAAAAUUACCUUUUAGCUCUGUCAGAUUCUUUUCUGAAUGAGAAAGCAUAGAGACAGCCCAGUCAACUCCGUCAUCUGCAGUGUUUGGAGGGGAGUGAGGUAUAGCUGCUCAGGAUCACUGGUAAUCAGAACCUCUUUGGACUGGUGUCAGCUCUUCCCUUUGGCAGCAUGUUUCCUUCUCUGAGUAUGUGUUUUUUAACUAGAUUGGCCAGCCUGCUUGCCAUUCCAUGCCCCUUGACUCUGAAGGAGAAGUCAUGGAGUCAUUGCCAUUUUCUGGUUGUCCUUCUGGAAUGUGAUCUGGUUGGUGGAGGUUUUCUAGCUUCUACUAAGACAUUUCUUUCUCUAAGCUUCAUACACUCGGCGUGUGUCAUUCCCAUCUCCUUUCCCCUCACCUCAGAAAAACAUUCCCUUGGCUCAUGCUCUUCAACCUGAUUCUUUCUUGCACACUCUCUCUCUCUCUCUCUAGCAAGUGAUGUGCUACCAAGUAUAUGCCAGGCUGUGAAAGGAUUAUGUUGAGUGGUAGAAAGAAGCUAGUUUGAAAUAAAAAUUGGAAAAUUUAUAAAGCAGAUUAUAUGCACAUGGGCAAUGAGAAAUUGACUGUAUGUCUGCUAGUUAGAUUCAAAAUGUUAUAAAGAUGAUGGCAUGUCAUUAUAUUAGCCAAGCUAUGAUGUUAGCCUUUGUUAGGUGGCAGAAUUUCUGCUUUUCUCCUUUCUCCAUGGGUGACAGUGGAGAGAAUGUGCAGUAAAAAUAACAGAGAAAUUAGGAUCAUAGUGUCUAUGCAUCUGAUUUGAAAGAGGUAUUGAGGAAGGUUUUCAUACAUGAUCUAUCUUUGGAUUGAGAAUAAUAUUUAUGAAAUUAAGCCUUCCAAUGCUGGUUAUAAGGAUAAGCAGCAGUAACUCUGUGGACAGCAAUGAUGCUUAAAAUUGUAAAUAAAUAUGAGGAUAAUUCAGUUGCAAAAAAGGCAGAAUUCAGUGGAAUGGUUAAAGUGCUCUCUCUACAAGUAUUCAGUAAGAACAGAGAACCUCAUGCAUUCUUACUCUAGUGCUUGCAUAAAAGUAGUAAGGAAGCUUUCCCCAAAAGAUAUACACAUCUAGAGUGUAUGAUUUUAGAGAUUUUAAUGUAUGUAUUUAUUUACAGGAGAGGAAACUGGAAUAUAAUCCCAUAAAUUAUCACUUUUUAUGACUGGAAAAUAUUUGCCAGUGAAAUGGUCUUUUGAAAUUUGUCUUAAGGAUUUUGGCUGUUUAAUAAAAAUGUGCCUUUAUUUAAUAAUCUCUCAUAGUUGUCUUUAUAAAGUUUUGAUUAUUAUCUAAAGUAUAUUCGUAUCAUGUGCCUUUGAAACUUAACAGCUAAUUUGGGUGUUGAUUUCUGCCCAGCCACUUACCAAUAUUGUCAUUUUUAUUCAGUAGCUGGCAGGUAUAUUAGACCAAGGAGACCUAGCGGAGGGAUGGACCCUCUCCUGUGGUUUGAUUACACAUCACACCAGGGGACUCCAGUAUCCCUUAUAAAGAAUGAGGAAAAGAUACUUGACAAAGAAGCUAAUGACGGAUGUGAAAUCUCUGGCAUGGAAACAGUGUGGGCUUGGGAGUCAAAUAGCCCAUGCAUGGGGUGGGUGGUGAUGGAAUAAGUCUAUUUCUACUUCGGGGAAGUGGUGAAAUAGGCCACGCACUUUUGCAGAAUGUCCUUAAACCUGGCUGGUGCCACAGCUGCAGUGAAAACACGACCUGGGGCUUAGCUGCUCUCGCCCUGCUCCCCACCAGCCCCUCACUGUCUGACCAGGGUAGUGCGCCCGAGGACGGCCUGCUCUCUGCCCACAUGUGGAACUUGACUAUCCCAAGCAAUUAAGUAUGUGGUUGUGCUGAAGGUUUCUAUUUAAUGCAUAGUAUUACUGAUUUGCAUCUUUGCUUUAGUGGCACUAUCUCCAGCAGGCAAAAGUCCUUUUAAACAAUGCUUUGGCUGAGAGAGUUUCUUAUGAGUCAAAGACAGCACAAAAUGAACUAAAUAAAUUCCAUUUGGAAUAUUUUGAUAUUAACUGAAUUCCUCUUAAUAUGUAAACUGGUUUCAACUGUCAAAGUGCUGACAGAUCCCUUGGUUUACUUUUGUAAUUACUGUACAAGAAAUUUCAGGAGUAUUGGAGUGCUUGUCAUAACCAAGCCUUUUCCUUAAUAAGUAGGCAUAUGAUCAUUUACAGGAAUUAUGCAUGAAAAAAAGUUUUAAAAAUGUAUUUUUGUGAUGUGCUAUGUUGAGAGGGAACCAAAUAUAAUUUCCAGACAUACUUCUUGUCUAAACAUUGUACAAUGUAAUAUGGUCAACUUUCCUAAUUUUUUUGCUAAUUUUCCUAAGAUAUAUUAAAAAUGUUUUAUAUAUAUAUAUAUUUUUUUUCUUUUUUAGUAAAAUGGAUCCAGUAAGAAAAUGAUAAAUACCAGAACAUCAUGCAUUUUAAACUGUCUGAUUUAAUAAAACAGUGGAGUAAA